AUGGCCUCAAUCAGAACCGCCAUGGCCUCAGAACGGGUAGAAGAGGUUGCGUUUCGUGAAGUACUGCUUGAUUGGAUGAAGCAACAGAAUCAAGAGUUUUUCUCAGAUAUUAGCAUUGUUUCCGAUCCGACUGGGACAUUACCAAAGUCGGUGGUUGAUGAUGCUUCUAGGGAUUCGUCUAGCAUAGUUAGCAGUUUCCAGUCUCAUACUACUUCACGUGUCGUUCAGGUCGCAUCGUUGGGUUUGCCUUCGGUGACAUCUCCAAUGAUUUUGGAUGAAAUAGAUCGUGAAAGCAACGAAAUAUCACCACCUGAUGGAGAUGAAGUAUUAUUGGGGGUUUAUGAGUAG